CAAAAGAUGAGAACCGACUGAAGCGACCAUUGCUACACGCCCCCGUGACGGAUCUUUUCGGUCGGAAAGCGGGACCGCCCGUCGAUCCCUUUUUUUUUUCUCGCCCGUCUUCUCUCUCCUCUCUCUCUCUGUCUGUGUGUGUAUGUGCUUGUUUGUGUGUGCGUGUGUGCAUGUGUGUGAAGCUCGGCCGAACCUUUACAUCAUCAUCAUCGUAACCACCGGGACCACGAAAAACUUCAAAUCCAAUCUCACCGUCCUGCCCGCAUCCAGAGCUGUUGCCGCUGCGGAAUCCCCAGCCUCGAGAACAUGUGGAUCUAGAACGACACCACUUCGCCGCGACGCCUGACUUCCUUCUCCCCAAGUCGAGCUUUUUCUCUGCUGGCCGUCCCUUCCCGCACGUCCACGAUUUUGGCGCUGGCCCGCAACAGAUUACCACUGCAUCUCGUCCCCGUUGGCGUAAAAGCCGGGCACAACCGCUUUUUGGGACGAAAUGGGCCUUUUAGCUCUCGGAACCGCCCUUGACUGGCCGCAGGCAAAGGAACAGGCAAAUCUUGUGCGCCAGUGGGGAAUAGAGCAACUGCUUGCCAUUUGGCGCAGAGCAAAAGGCAAGGAGCGAGAUGCCUUGCUGUGGGGUGACGAGAUCGAGUACCUGGUCGUGUGCUACGACGACGAAAACCGCAAGGUCAGGCUUAGCCUGAGACAGGCGGACAUCUUGCAGGCGCUGGCCACGAACCCGAAGCUGCUCGAACAUGGCGGCGGCGUCCCCGACCUUCAACGAGGCGAAGCACCACAAGGCGAAUGCGCUCCCGUAUUUCACCCCGAGUUUGGACGAUUCAUGCUCGAGACGACGCCCGGCAAGCCGUGGGGCAUCGGAUUCAAGGAUCUGCUUGACGUCGAACCCAACAUGAAGCUGAGACGGAGAAUUGCAAAGGAGCAUAUGCUUCCUACCGAGUAUCCGAUCACCUUGACCACGUUUCCGAGGCUGGGCCGUGACGGCGAUUUCUUCACCCCAAAGGAGUUCGUUGUCGACGGCAAGACCGUCCCUGUGAAGAUCCACGGCGAACGCCUGCGCUCCCAGUUCGUCCCGGACGAGAUCGCCAAUCCGCAUAUCCGCUUUCCGACCCUCGCUGCCAACAUCCGGUCUCGUCGCGGCCGCAAGGUCGAGGUGAACGUCCCCAUAUUCCGUGAUGAAAACACCCCUUGGCCAUGGAGCGAUCCCACCGUCAACUACGAUCUGCACGACUACAAGGAAGACGACGACGUGCGAAACGGCGCCGUCAAGGAGAAUCACAUCUACAUGGACGCCAUGGCGUUCGGUAUGGGAAGCUGCUGCCUGCAAAUCACGUUCCAAGCGAAGAACAUCGAAGAAGGUCGCAAGAUGUACGACCAGCUAAGCCCUCUUGGACCCAUCAUGUUGGCCUUGACGGCCGCCACUCCCGUCUACAAGGGCUUUCUGGCAGACACCGAUGUUCGGUGGAACCAGAUCAGUCGAGCGGUCGACGACCGGACCGCUGAAGAACUUGGGGAAAAGCCUCUGAAAAACGACCGGUGGCGAAUUCCAAAGUCGAGAUAUGCUGCGAACAGCACAUACAUAUCCCAGGAUCCUCGAUUGAGGCCGGAAUACAUGGACCCUGAUCUCGUCAUCGACGAGCAAAUCAAGGCAAAACUCAUGGAUGGAGGCAUGGAUGACCUCCUCGCUACCCAUUUCGCGCAUCUCUUCAUCCGCGACCCCCUCGUCAUCUUCGCGGAGGACUUGAAGGAGCUCGACCUGAACAAGUCGGACCACUUUGAGAAUCUGCAGUCGACAAACUGGCAGCAUAUGCGCUUCAAACCUCCGCCCAGCGGCUCUCAGGACACAGGCUGGCGUGUCGAGUUCCGGUCGAUGGAGAUUCAGAUCACCGACUUCGAGAAUGCUGCGUUCAGCAUCUUCAUCGUCCUCGUCACCCGCGCCAUACUGUCGUUCGAUCUCAACUUCUACAUUCCCAUUCAAAAAGUCACCGAGAACAUGGAAAUCGCACACCGACGAAACGCCGUGCUGAACGACAGGUUUUGGUUCCGCAAGAAUCCGUUCCCGCGGCGGGUACCCACCAAAACGAACGGUGCAGGGGGGUCACGACCGGCGUCACGACCGGUUUCGCGACCCGUAACUCCGCCAACCGGGCCGGUGGAGGACGAGUAUGAGCUGAUGACCAUAAACGAGGUGAUCAACGGGCAAAAGGAUGAGAAUGGCGAGUUUCCGGGACUGAUACCACUGGUCGAGAGCUAUCUGAACUCGAUGAACGUAGACGUCGAGACAAGGUGCGAGCUAGCGACGUAUCUGGAUCUCAUCAGAAAGCGAGCGGAUGGCCGCCUAUGGACAGCUUCAAGAUGGAUCAGAGACUUUAUCAGCAAGCAUCCGGAUUACCAACAUGACAGCGACGUCAGCGACGAGGUGCAAUACGACCUUGUCAAGGCCGCCGAACGGAUAACUCGUUUGGAAGGUAAGGACGGCUUCGGGGUUGAAAUGCUUGGAAAACGAUGAGUUAAUUCAAGCUUGUGCACGGUACACUGCCUGCGUAAAUUACAUCAGAUCAUCGACUGAACGGAAGGCUUUUCGCUGGCCAUGACCACAAGUUUGCUGACAUUCAAGGUUACUUCUUAUAUUGUCCGAGACGAUAUCAACGUGUAUGCACCAAAAAAAAAGAAAAAAAAAAACUUGAUCAUCAAGGACACCUCGGCAUAUACAUCUUGAAAGAACGUACAACCGCUGCCAUCCACUCUACUUGUGAAAAAUUCUUCGUACAACCUUUUUUUCUCUAAAAUUUUUGGCUUUAUGUAC